GAUUUCGGGUUUCGGGUAAAAUCCGGUUAGAGGAUGCGGUGCGGUCUUUCUCAAUUCUCUCUCUAACUCAAAACUGGAAGUCGUAAGCCUCAACUCUGGUGCGCCGUUUUGGGGAAUUCAUUUUCCUUUCUCACAGAGUUUGCGCCAACUGGACCAAAUUAACAACUUUCUCUUCUUCCUCUUUCCCUCCAAUCCAAUAACACCAAACAGAACCCUAGAAAGGGUUUCCUCCCCCCAAUUCACUUUCCCUCUUUCCUUUCAAAUCUCUGAUUAACAAGAAAAAAGCUUCUGCCUUUCGACCUUAAUAGCUAUUAUCCCACUCCAUUACGCUGUCCUUUUUUCGGUUACCUUCCGCUCACUUCUUGCCUCUUAAAUUGCUCAGCUCAUCAUUGUUCCUCUGCCACCACAUUUUGCCAAAUUUCAUGCGGCGCUUUCCCAUCGGAAGCUUGAAUUUUGGGGGGCUUUUGGUUUGAGAUUGAUUCGUGUUCUGGGUUUUUGAGUGUUUAUAUUUGAUAAAUCAAGGUGUGUUAGGGUUUUCUUUUUCUUGUUUUGGGUGGAGCUGGGUGGUGAGGAAGCAGUUUUAAGGUGGGAUGAGUAGUGUAUUCACUGAGACGAUACUUGCAGACAAGCUAUCCAAGCUCAACAGCACCCAACAGUGUAUUGAAACUUUAUCGCAUUGGUGUAUAUUUCAUCGGGCCAAAGCAGAACAGGUUGUCAAAACAUGGGAGAAGCAAUUCCACAGCUCACAGAUAACAGAGAAAGUUCCUCUCUUGUAUCUUGCAAAUGACAUCCUACAGAACAGCAAGCGCAAUGGAAAUGAAUUUGUCUCUGAGUUUUGGAAGGUUCUUCCAGCUGCACUCAAGGAUCUUCUUGGCAAAGGCGAUGAACGUGGAAAGAGUGUGGUCUCCAGAUUGGUUGCUAUAUGGGAAGAAAGAAGAGUAUUUGGAUCUCGUGCAAAGAGCCUCAAAGAAGUUAUGCUAGGGGAAGAAGCACCUCCGCCCUUGGUGUUCAGCAGUAAGAAACGCACACGUUCUGUUAAAAUUGUAAAAAGGGAUUCUCGUUCCAUUAGAACGAAACUUUCUAUUGGAGGUUCUGCUGAAAAGAUAGUUUCAGCAUUACACUUGGUGCUCAGUGAGCAACCCAAUGAAGAUGCAGAGAUGAGUAAGUGCAAGUCUGCAGUCAGUCGUAUAAGGAGGUUGGAGAAAGAUGUUGAAGUUGUCUGUACUAGUACGAAGGAUCCAAAGCGAAAAACAUUUGCCAAGGAACUUGAGGAGGAAGAAAAUAUUUUGAAGCAGUGUAUUGAGAAACUGAAGUCAGUGGAAGCAAGUAGAGUAGCCCUUGUAUCACAGUUGAAAGAUGCUUUGCAUGAGCAGGAAUCGGAACUAGAAAAUGUUCGAACACAAAUGCAGGUAGCACAUGCACAGGCAGAGGAAGCCAGCAACAUGCGAAAAAGGCUGGAGGAUGAAGAUUAUGUAUCAAAACCAUCAAAUGCUACCCCCUCUCCUGCUGAUGCAAGUGCAGCUUCAGGACAAACACGUAAGAAGUCAGCUGCAGCUAUUGCAGCUGAGGUUGCAGAUAAGCUUGCAGCUUCAAGCUCCUCUCAAUUAAUUAUGAGCUCUGUUCUCUCUACGUUUGCUGCCGAAGAGGCCAAGAAAGCUAAUCUCACAAAGGCUUCCACACCGUCAAGAGCAUUUACAUCCGGGCCCACAAGCUCUAGUGUGGAUUCAGCUUCUAAACUAGAAAAACCCGUGUCAGUCUCAGAUCCUAAUAUGUAUGUGUCAGCACAGCCGCUGACUGCGCCCCCUCCAAAUCAUUCAUACCAGUCAGUUUUGGUUCCCCAAUCAACAAUGCAGAACCAAGCCUCAAACUCUCAGGGUCAAUAUCACAUGGUUGCAAACCCAGGUUCCCAACAGUAUAUGCAGCCAUCUGGAGGGGUCAUGGUCCCAUACGGUUAUAAUAACAUUCCACCCUUGCCCCCAGGACCCCCUCCUCCCCCACCGCCGCAUAUGGUGAGUCCAAUGGUGCCUCUUAAUCAGCAGCCAUUACAAAUGACUCAGCAGCAACAGAUGGCGAUGGCUCAGGCACCGCCAAUAACGCAGCAACAAGCUAUGCUUUUAACACAGCAACCCCCAUCAACUCCUAGUUUCCGGCCACUUCAACCCCCGGGGAUUUUGUACUAUGGUCACCCUCAUCAUUCUCAGUUACACUAAUUCAACUUUUUAGACGACGGUAGGUAAGAUCAGUUUGAUCUUGUUUUUAACCUUUUGAUAUGAAGCAGUUUGUCGCGGUGAAAAUUUUGUUUUGUUAUUAUUAUUAUUUUUUUAUUAUUAUUAUAAUGAGAUAUAAGUUAAGAGGUUAGAAUAAUGUGAAUGCGUACCUCUAAUUUGUGUUUUUGUUGCA